CACGUUUUCUGCAUAAUAAAGUUACUGCUCACUGUUGGAUACUUUUGGCACUAUACGAAAUAAUUCGGAAGGACAAGUUCUGCGUUUAUGUAAAUUUUGAUUCGGAAAGUAUGCUUGCAGCAGAGGAUUGGCAACACACACAACGCAGAUGGCAAGUGAAGAUCAACUGAUCACCGAGUACUUCAUGAUGUUCGACAGCAACGGAAAUAGUACAAUCGAGGCGAAGGAACUCAAGACUUUGCUGAAGGUCGUGUACAAGCAGAACCCGGAUGACGCCAUGGUCCAACAGUUUCUGCAAGACUUCGACGCUGACGAAAGCGGGACGAUUGAUCUCGAGGAGUUCAAGAAGAUGUACCGUGCCAUGCCCAUUAAGCCAGAGGGUGAGAGCCUAAAGGAUCUCUUCACCUUGUACGACAAAGAUGGCAACAAAGAUCUUAGCCUUGAAGAGGUAAAGUCGUUCUUACGUGACCUUGGAGACAACUCGUCCGAUGACCUGGUCCGGAAGUUGAUGGACGAGGUUGACGUAGAUAGGGACGGCCGGGUGGACUUUAGAGAGUUCUGUAUCAUGUACGGAAGGACUGUCUACGGCGAUGCGUACUGAGGAACACACGUCUUCUGCUAUGCUCAAGCAAUAUUUUCCAUUAUAUAGACUUCUCAUUGUGUAUGUUUCUAUUUGUAUUUUGGUUUGCUAAGCUAAUACGUCUAAGUGUGUGAUUAAACAUCUUUUAACAAAGAAAUAGAAUAAUUGAGACUUGUUAUGUGCACAACGCAUAUAUAAUUAAAUCCGACAGAGUAAUAUGCUAUGUUUAAAUGAUUAUCUUCUACAAGCAUUCAUAUUCAAGUCAGCUCUAUUCAUAAUGAGAUCAUGAACGUGAAUGUAUAACAUCUAUUCAUCUUACCGUCGAGAUUACAUUCCAAAUCAUAAUAAAACUAGCGAAUUGUGCAUCUGAACGAGUUGCUAUUUACAACCUAUGUUAGGAAUUAUGAAAAUGUGAGUUGUGUGCAUACCUGUUUUUGCAAAUCAAUAGCGAAUAAGGUUUAUAUGUUUACUCAUAGGCUCAGAAUUUACAACCUUACCAAAAGAUCUUUAUAAUGUUUUACUUGUACAUUUAUCGGCAGUUGCGAUUAUGUAAACAUCGCCCCAAUAUAUAUUUUUACUUUGUAUUUGUAAUUGUAUUCCAACAUUUAUGGGGCACCAGAUUAAUCGAUAAGCUUCAAUGCUAAGUCACAAUUUUCUUUUAUUGGUAAUUUUGUUAACACAUUGCUACUUCAUACAUUGAACAUAGUUGCAAGGCCUAAAGUUUAUAUCCGUUAGAAAUAUAAGGUGUUUUGUGCCUCAUCGAAAUACUGACAAACGAAACGAACUGUGAACAUAGUUUUUAUAUAUUUAGCAAGUAUCGGUGGACAUUUAUAUGACUGUAGCAUGUAAACGUAUUACUCAUUUAGCGUUUAUACUUUGUAUUAUUUUAUUUAAGAAACAUAAAAAACUAUAUUGUUUUUUGUAUUGGCACCGUAUAUACGUUGGUAUUCUUCGGAAACGCGUUUUCUUUUUUGAUAACUUUUUGUGAGGCGAAAAUACUGUUAUCCGGGAAAAUGAAAGUUAUGUUUUUAACAGAUGUUUUACAUUUUAUCAUCUUACAUGCGUUUAAUGAAUUAAUUAUAAAUUCGUGUUUUUGAUAAAACAUUUUCCUAUGUACACGUUAUAAAAUACAAUUGAUGCUUUUGCAACAUGUUGAGUAUAAUAUAUAAUGUUUUCACGCGGCUUUUAUCUCUUCAGGUUUCAUGACCCAAUUUUCGUAGUAAAAAUUUGUUUAACAAUUGUUGCCCCAUAUUUUCUCGCUUUAGGAUAAUUAUGCACCAAAUUGGAUGGCAUAUCCAGGGUUUUCACACACACACAAAAUCGCACCAAAUUUGACUCACGCUAUUUUCGAAGAACACCGACGAUGUAAGACUUAUUUGCUUUUCUUAGAAUUCUAAAUGUACGAAAUAAAUAGUAGAAUCAAGAA